AAAACGUGAACUUCUUGACAUGAUACUAAGAUGUGACAAUCAUCUACAUCUUGCAAGUCAGGGCUGUGUUGAGCAAGCUGGUAAAGAUCUCCUCCUUGAAGCAAUGGGUCACAACCUUUUUCCCCUUCUUAUCCAUCUCGAGGACUUGUUUUCUCCUCGAACGGCGCUUGGCACGACCUUGUAGUGCUGUGAUGGUGCGCCUUGUGUCGUUGGUAUUCAUCUUGCUCGCUGCAUGACUGGCAGGGCCUGCCCUAAACCUGCAUGUCUUGUCAUUGGCUUCCAUGGGGCAGGCAUCUUGUGCGGUGGUUCAUGGAGCUCGCAGCCGAGAUCAAACAACACGAGAACGUCCUGGCUGAUCAAGCAACAUGUUGAGCAGCGAAGCGACAUGGCUCUACGAGACCGAGAUACAGGAGAUCUGUGUGAGAGCGAGAUACAGGAGACCAUGAGGCUUGGAGAAGAGCUGCAGAAAAAUUAUAUGGACGAGGACAAGUAAUUGAGACGCUUGUCACAGAUUGAGGUGCUAAAAAAACCGACAAGAACUAUUACGUCGAUGCGUUUGGUAAAGCAAUCAAAAUGCUGA